GGACGACGACGUGAGUGAAGGCGAGGCCGGGGCCGGGUGGGUGUGCGGGGGGCAGCCAGGAGCCGUGAGCCCACCUCGGGGUUGCCCGGGGGUGAUGAACUCGUGGCAAAGUUGAAGGUGGCACCGCCUCCGGGUGCAGCCGUUCCUUCCCGAAGCGCCGUGUCUCGAGGCAGGCUGUGCAAUGCUCUUGCAAAAUGCAUCAUGGAAGGAGGGGUCUGGGAGGCAGGCGAAGCCUCCCUGCGUGGUGGUGGUGCAGAAGGGUGGGUUGGCUGCAGAUGUCCGGACUGGGAACGGCUUUGCUUUACUGGCUGCCCUGCCCGUGGCGCUGACCCGCAGCAAAGCAGCAGGGCUGCAGCACCCAGGCAGAUAAACCCCUAUGCUUGGAUCCGCCUGUUGUCACCUUAACUCUGCCUGUCGCGGAAAUACACCGGGAAUCUGACUGCGGGGAGAAAGGCCACCGUGCUAAAACUGAUGGAGAACCCCAGAUAGGGUCAAAUGCUUUCCAGAGCUCGCAGGGGGGUUAGUGGGCAGUUCCCCAGCUGUGCGAGUGUUUGGGGUGUGCUCCAGGUGCUGGUAGCAUUGAGGCAAAGCUGGCGAGCAGGGGAAGCCCGUGCUCUUACUGUGCUCUUCGGUGUGUGUCCUCCCCACAGGGGCCUCUAAUCGGCGGUUUCUUGCUGGUGAGCAAUUAGUGCAUGGUGGAGAAUGCUACCUUCUCUCUUCUCCAUUAUCUGUGUGCUCACAGGGAUGCGAUGACACGGAGAGGAGCGCUGGGAGGAGGGAGGGCUCCCUGUGAGCACCUUGCAGGGGUGUGCAGCCCCAGCCCCUCCAUCCCAGCAGGGAUGGGGCUCCUAUAUUUAGAAACAGCCUCGGGCUUUUCCAGCACCUACAGCGCUGCUGUGCUAAUGAGGAUACCUGUGUCGGCCACUGCAGAGCCAGCGGGGCGUGGAACCGUGGGAAGGAGGAGGGGAGGCAGUGAGCAAUGCUGAGGAGGGGAGGGAGCUGCUGACCUCUUGGGUGGAAGCUUUAUUCUCAUUUAGCUGGGUUUGUCAGCAGCUUGCACCGCGCCAUAGCGGCGCCUGGGGCUGGGUUUCCCUGUGCUGUGGGCUACACAGGAAUUGGUGGAAAGCAGACCUGGAGAGUGGAGCCCACCUGGGCAGCGGUCAGGAUGGAGGAGGGUAUGCCCUCCAUGCUUGGAAUGACUUCCCCUUGCUCAUCAUAUCCAUGGUUUUAUUGCAGAAUAAUAAUAAGUAAUAAUAAUCGAGGGGGUUGGGCACUGUUGGAGGGCUCUUCUGGCUUGCCUGGGUUUUUCACUGUUCCUUGCUCAGCGGUGUGGUGGGGCAUCCCUGCCUUCAGCCCCCAUUGGGCAUUUGCUCCAUCGUGCAGCAUGGAAAGGGUGAGCAUAUUCUGGUGAAAGCUCUAACCAUGGAGAGCACAUUCUCCAUAUUUUCACUUACAGUGGGGCUCUGCCUGUGUAUUUGUAAGAGGGAAACCCAUGUGAGGGAUGCUUCCUGCCUUUGCCAGCAAGUGGGGGUGAGGUGGCUGCACCCUCAGAGCCAAUGCCUCACUGUGCUGGUGCAGAAUUUGGGAGAAGUUUAGGUAUGCAUUGCACAGGGAUUUUGGAUGUACACACCCCAGUGAAGCUCUAAUAACUGAGCAGGGUCCAGGCAUUGAUUCCAGCAGGCAGCAAGCAGCCGAACACUGCCUGCGCCGCAGGGCUGGCCCCAGCCCAGAGCUGCCUCGACUGGGAAAACCUAGGUAGGUCUGCAGGAAUGAGAGCAGACACCGUGGGUCUACCUGAUGGGAAAGGAUGCACUGUGCCCUGCCACUCUUCAGUGCACCCGGUAAAUGUCCCCUGGUGAGUCUGCACUUUGCAGCCCAUGAUGGGAAGGGAUGUAGCGGUGCGUGCUGCCCAUGCCCACAUUUGGGUGCUGGCAGCUGUACGGGGAGCAUCGCCCCAGCCACCCCCAAGCUCUCAUUCCCACCUUCCCUGACGGCUUUCCAUGGGGCCGUCAGUCUUUCCCUUUCAUAACCCAGCCAAAGCAGUUGCAACAUUUCCCUCGAUGCUUCUCUUGCUAUUAUGGGUAGGGAUUUCCAAAGCUUUGCUAAUAAAAGAGUAACAGUUUCUAUAUCUGGGAAAUGGGGAAAUCAAUGGGCAGGCUGUUGUAAGAGACGUAACGGCUUUUUGUGGCAGCUCGGGCAGUUCUGUAACGUGAUGGAGCUGGAGGGCAAGUUGGUUGGUCAACUUCAUCGGCAACAUCUGCUCUUGUGAGUGAUGGGACAAUGCCAGUGUGGGACCAUCUCAUCCCCAGGGGGUGUCCCUCUGGGGCUGCGUGUCCUAGGAACCCUCCUGGCUGUGGGAACCAUGGGGUGAGGUCACCCCUCUGCUGCCCUCUCCGUGCCCCCCAGCCCACCCUGAUGCCCCCACAUCCCCUCUCAUCAGUGAGCGCAGUCGCUUUGACUUCAAAGCGGUUCGCAAACAUUUUCCACUCCACUGGGCUAAUUAGUCAAAUUACAUUUCACAUGCUAAUUUAUUCUAAUAUUAUUUUUUUUCCCAAUGUACUGGCAUACAGGGGGAGAUGAAAGCUUCAUUUGACCUUAGAGCCAGGCCCAGGGGAGCUGGAGAUGGAAUGAAUGGUUCACAGCCAGGUUUGCUGUGACACCGCUCCUUCCCUGCCUCUUUCAGAGAUCCCAUUCAGGCUGUACGUGUUUUAGCUGUUACCUUGGGUGCAAUGCACGCAGAAGAAAAUCUUUCAGAUCAGAGGUAAUGAGUUACUAAUUUCCAGCUUCAUUACUCGGAAACGCACUGCUCUGCAGCACCGGUUACACCGUGGAGUGCUGCGGAAAUGGCAAUCAGUGAAUCCUGGCUGGAGCCGAUGGGAAUGGAGAGAUCUUCCCAGCACUAAUUGGGCAUUGAAGCUGCUCUGGGGCUUCAGGCUGACAGAUAUGGCUGUGAAGGGGCAGGAAUUGAGCCUUCCUCCCCAGGCUUGGAAGGCUGAGUGCCCCUGGCAUCCCAUGGGAGCCUUUGGGCAAUGGAAUGAGCUUGGAGACACAUGGCAUGGGUGCGCCCCAUCCCACUGGGGAACCCUUGCUGAUGGCCGAGCCCUGCUAAGGCACCCAGCACCCAUCCCCUCAGCACUGUCCCCCAUGCAAGGGGCUUCCACCCAGCGGGAUGGGGACCUGGUGCUCGUACAGGUCAUGGGGCAGAGCCGCCGCUGCAAACAGCCCCACAAUGAAUCAAAGGCUUUGUCGUGUUUAUAUCAAAGGCUGUUUCUUUUCCACUGCCUGUGUAUGGUAGAUGUUAUCGAGUGGGAGGAGCUGAAAGCAAGCGCUGGGACUGUUUCCUGGCCACAAUUACAGUCAAAAACAACAAAUCCCUCCAUCCCCACUCUUGGCCAAACUUUCUACUGGAGUGAAUCAUCACUUGGCUUCUUUGAGGAGAGCUGGAAACUGUGCAAGAAGUCACCCAGAUGCUGAAUUCUCAUCUGCGAGGGCAGAGAUCCAGGAGAGCACUGUAAAAUCCCAGGGAUUCUGGGAAUUCUCCCAGCAAGGCUGUGCCCAUCUAUUCAGUAGCAACAUUCCCCCAUUAAAGGGAUGGGGCAGAGGGUAACCCAUCACUGUUGCCUUUGGCAGCACCGCUCGCUAACUCGCACAGAGGACGUGAUGUGGUGUUCGGGGUGACGUGCUCGAGAGUUUCCCUGCUUCUUUGCUCUUCUUCCUCCCUGCUGCUCAGCACCAGCUCUGUCUGACGGCCGAGGGCAGUGUCAGGCCCUUCUCCUUGCAGCUUUCACACUGCAGACGUGUCUCUGCAGAGCAGAUGCACAAUUAAUUGCCUGGAGUCGGACCCUGCCCUGCCUUCAGAUGUGGCUUCCCCGGUGCCCUCGUUUCCUGCUGACAUACACUCUGCUCUCGUCAUGCUCUGAAAUGUCCCCACAUCAUCACAGCGAGAGUGCAAAUUAGGGCUGAAUUUCACCACUUGGGCUGCAAAUAGUGCUGGGGAGCUGCCCAGCUUGGAGUCCAGGCCUCCAUGCAAUGCAGACAGCCCCUUUGGUCUCAGUGCAGUGUGCUCGCAGGACAGCAGAGUGCUGCAGCCCAUCACCGAGCACAGCUGGAUGCAGCCAGGGUUGGCUCUGAUGCUAACCCGGAGUGAUUUCAUUGCGUGAUUUUGGUAUUUGUGCAGUGAGGGUUGGCUCCGUCCCGCCUGGCGGAGGAGCAGCUCUCGCUCCAUCAUAUGACCGUGCUGUAAUGUGCUGGUGGCUCCGUUUGGGCAGAACUUGUGAUAUUUGGUGUUUUUAACUGCUGAGGCCACAUGUGUGGGUCACGCAGGCUGACUGAGAGGGGAGCUACGGCGCACGGCUGAAACCUUCAGGUGUUCCCUCGGUGCCGAUGGUGGCCAAGAACAGCAUCCCCAGUGCUCCUCUUCCCCUGUGCCUCCAUGAGCUCCACACAGGAGAUUGGAGAAGAGCUGGAGGAUGGUGUAAUCUACAGCAUAUCACUGCGCAAAGUGCAGCUCCAUCACACAGCCAACAAGGGGCAGCGGUGGCUGGGGUUUGAGAAUGAGUCGGCCUUAAACCUCUAUGAGACGUGUAAGGUGCGGACGAUAAAAGCUGGGACCUUGGAGAAGCUGGUGGAGUACCUGGUUUCAGCCUUCAAGGGCAACGAUUCCACCUAUGUCACCAUCUUCCUGUGCACUUACCGGGCCUUCGCCACUACCAAGCAAGUGCUGGACCUGCUGCUCAACAGGUAUGGCAAACUGCACGUGCAGACGAACGGGGACCAUGCCAGGCAUGUUGUGGACGAGAGGAUGGAGCUGAAGAACACCAUCUCCUCCAUCCUGGGCGCCUGGCUGGACCAGUACUCAGAGGACUUCCGCAAGCCCCCAGACUUCACCUGCCUCAAGCAGCUCAUCUCCUACGUGCGCCACAACAUCCCCGGUUCGGACCUGGAGCGCCGAGCCCGCAUCCUGCUGGCCCAGUUCCAGCAGCAGGAGCAGAGCGAGACCGAAGCAGAAGCUGUGGACCACAGUGGCUGCACGUUCCAGCUGGUGGAGGAGAACGGGGUCGGGGAUGGGAAGUCAGAUUUCCUCUCCUUCUCCCCCGAGAUGGUGGCAGAGCAGUUCACACUAAUGGAUGCUGAGCUGUUUAAGAAAGUGGUGCCUUACCACUGCCUGGGCUGCAUCUGGUCCCAGCGAGACAAGAAGGGCAAAGAACACCUGGCACCCACCAUCCGUGCCACGGUCUCGCAGUUCAAUAGCGUGGCCAACUGUGUCAUCGCCACGUGCCUCGGGGAUCGGACCCUGAAGCCACAGCAGAGGGCUAAAGUGGUGGAGCGGUGGAUCGAAGUGGCUCGGGAGUGCCGCAUCCUGAAGAACUUCUCCUCGCUCAGAGCCAUCCUUUCAGCUCUGCAGUGCAAUGCUGUGCACCGGCUGAAGAAGACCUGGGAUGAGGUCCUGCGGGAGAGCUUCCGCACUUUCCAUGAGCUCUCAGAGAUCUUCUCCGAUGAGAACAACCACUCCUUGAGCCGGGAGCUGCUCAUUAAGGAGGGCACGUCCAAAUUUGCCACCUUGGAGAUCAACCCAAAGAGGGCCCAGAAGCGGCAGCAGCAGCAGCGAGAGAUGGGUGUGAUGCAGGGCACCAUUCCCUAUCUCGGCACCUUCCUCACGGACCUGGUGAUGCUCGACACCGCCAUGAAGGAUUUCCUGGACGGAGGGCUGAUCAACUUUGAGAAGAGAAGGAAGGAGUUUGAAGUCAUUGCCCAGAUCAAGCUGCUUCAGUCAGCCUGCAACAACUACAGCUUCACUCAGGAGGACCAUUUUGUGGACUGGUUCCACAGUCUGGAGAGGCUCAGUGAGGCCGAGAGCUAUGGGCUGUCAUGCGAGAUUGAGCCGCUGUCUGAGUCAGCCAGCAACACGCUGAAGGCGAAGAAGAACACGGGAAUCAUCAAGCGGUGGAGCGACCGGCAGCCAGCCAGCACCGAGCCCUGUGCCAGCGGCAGUUCCCACUCCAAGUCCUUCGACCAGCUCAAGUGCGGGCAGUACCUGUGCAGUGGGGAUGCCACUGACUCAGUCAGCGUCACCUCCGCCGGCUCCAGCAGCUCCGACGUGGAGGAGAUCAACAUCAGCUUCAUCCCUGAGUCCCCCGACUGCCAGGAGAAGAAGCACUCGUACGCCCCGUCUGUGGCUGAUGGAGAAGCUAAACCCACUGUGUCCUCCGCAUCCCCUCUCCUCCCUGCCCUCCAGUUCUGGGAAUCCACCUCUCUCUCCUCCCUGGACACGUCGGGCAUCGGCUCGGGCUCCAGCAGUGCCUCAUCCUCCUCCGUCUCCUCCACGCCGGUGACAGCAUCCCGCACUCACAAGCGUUCCGUCUCCGGCAUCUCCAGCUACUCGUCCCUCUCGCUGCCCCUUUACAACCAGCAGGUCGAUGACUGCUGUAUCAUCCGUGUCAGCCUGGCUGUGGACAACGGCAACAUGUACAAGAGCAUCCUGGUGACGAGCCAGGAUAAGACACCGGUCGUUAUUCGCAAGGCCAUGGCCAAACACAACUUGGAUGGGGACCGGCCUGAAGACUACGAGCUCGUUCAGAUCAUCUCAGAGGAGAGAGAGCUGAAGAUCCCCGACAACGCCAACGUCUUCUACGCCAUGAACUCCGCCGCCAACUACGACUUCGUGCUGAAGAAGCGGGGUUUCUCCAAGGGGGUGAAGAUCAAGCACGGCUCCAGCUCCACCCUGCCCAGGAUGAAGCAGAAAGGCCUGAAGAUCGCCAAAGGCAUCUUCUAGCCUCAGCCCCACUGCCACCCCUCACCGACGGGGCCUUGGGGGCAGGCUGUAGCCAGGCCUGGUGCUGCCGGCAGGGCCAGGAGCGAUGCUCACCCGCACCGAGAGCCGCUUCGGCAGCCGGCAGCCCCUCCGCCUCCCUCUGCACGAGCUCCCGUUUCAAUCAGGUCUUUUGUUUGUUUGUUUUUUUUUCUACACAGGAAGGCAGCGGGGGGGAAUCUCUCUCUCUUUUAGUUUUCUUUUUAAACCUUCCACGGUGCGACCCUCGUCCAGCCACCGGCCUGCCCAGAGCAGGAGCCCGCCUCUCUGCCGUAGGUGCCUUGUGUCCGCGCGAGCCGGGGAGCGGUGGCUUGGAGGGACCCUUUGCCAGGAGCAGCACAUGAGCCACUGCCACGUGAACUGGGAUGGGUGCUCCCCUUCUCGGCACUGGUUUACCUCCGUGUCCUUCCCUCUGGAUCACCUGGCAUCGCCACCACCGCCUGUCCGUGCCCUGGGAGAAGCUGUGCUGGAAAGGAAGCAGCCCCACGCCGGUGCCUCGUGGACCAGGGCUGCUGUUGAUGACUGGAAGCCUCCGCGUGGUCUCGCUCCUCUCCCCGAUCCAGCCGCCGGCCCGCGUUCAAACCUGCACCAAAGAUCAAAUGCCAGUGUCCCUUCUGCAGGCAGGGAAGCUUUGCGUGCAUCCCCGUGCCCCCAGAGCUGCCAGCCGAGCCAGGAGGAGGAGGAGGAGAGCAGACUGCUGUCCAAAUUGGUGUAAAUAGAGACCUUGUGUCUGCGUGGGCAGGCAGGGAGUCAGAGAGCUUGGGGUGCUCCGGCUGCCAUCGCCUGACCCACAGGAAGUGCCACUCACCUUGGGCUUUAACCUGACUUUUUCAAACACUGACUGUGGGAGAAGCAGCGAUGAGACUUCUUUUGUACAAAACAAAACGAAAAAAAAAAGGUUUACUGAUUUUUUUUUUUUUUUUGGCAAUAUUUAUUGGUUGUAAAUAGAAGAGAUGAACUUGUACAUUUUACUAACCCAGAGUCCCCCGCCCUGCAGCCCAGUCCCUCUCCUGUCCCCCUCCUGCUAUUUGGGGCUGCUGGGAGGAAAGCUCACAGCAGCAGUGUUGCUCUGCCCUGCUCACACAGCACCGACCCUCUGCCCUCUCCCCUGCCUCGUUUCUUUACCACUAGUUGCUCAAGCAGGGGCAGAGAUGCUUGUUUUAAUGACUGUAGGAAACACUAACCAAAGGGGGGACUUCUUUUUGUUUUCUUUUUGCCCCUGGACCUGCUGGCUCUGUUGUAUGUGAGCACUUCCUCCCAGCACAUCUUUUGUUUCCUGUCUGUCUGUGCUGCUGGGUGGGGGGAAAACCUGUUCCUUGCUUCCAGGAGAGGGGCAGCAACACUGCACAGCAACACUCAGAGGAGCAGGGCUGGGGGCAGAACCAGGUGGAGAGAGGCUGCUUGUUUAUGAGCAUGGCUGGCAUUAGUCCUGUCAGCCCUCUGUCCCCUUGGGUGGCAUCACCUGGGUCACCACGCCCACACUGCACAUGAUGGGAGCCAUUGGCACCCUGAUGCAGGGGUUGCCUCCUGCCUCCCACCCUGCCCGGAGCCAGGCCCCUGCCUUUGGGUGCCAGCACCCCUGGGCCUCCCCCUGGCUCCAUGCUGCUCUGUGCCUGCCAGCUCCCGCUCACCCCACUGCUCCCCUCCCCUCCUAUUGGUGUCCCCUGGAAGCCCAGCAUCACCGGAGGGACUGGCUGUACCAUAUGUAUUUUGUACCACUUCAGUGAAGGAGCACACUGCCCAGUGUGACUUGUAUACAGCAAUGUAAUUAGUCUUUGCAAUAAAAUACCGAUCCUCAAACA